UCGGUCCGCUCGUCAAGUGCAGUGAGCUUGAGCCGCCAGCGGGCUUCGCUGUUGAGUCGCGCACGGCGUCGGCUGCACGGGCAGAGCAGAAGUCAAGCAAGGAAUUUCUGCUCCAGCUGAUUCGGUCGCCAUCUUUGUCACGAACAUAAACAACACAAGCGAGACGCGCUGGCAUUCGGACGCGCCGCUGUUAUUUGGGAGAGAGCGACAACAAGUGUCCCCGCCGCGGCGCCGAUCCUUUCCACCGAAGAUGACGGCCGGUUCGGUGAGCCGAGCCACCGUGUGAGACGAGAUGGGGGUCCUCUGCGGAUUUCCUCGCCGGGAGGGAGCGGAGGUUUAAAGGGGGCGGGGAGGGCAGCAGAGGGGCCUUGCUGCCGGUCAGCCCAGAAGAGAUGGACCAAGACUACGAGAGACGGCUGCUGAGACAAAUCAACCACCAGAACCUGCCCCCCGAGGCCCGCCUGUCCAAGUGUCUGAGCGCUACCUGCAGUUCUGUCAGCGUUAAGUCAGGCGACCGCUUCAUUCCCACCCGAGCUGGAAGCAACUGGAGCAUCAACUUCCACUAUGCCAACGAGAACUGUCGCUCUCCCAGUCAGAACCACAAGGCAAAGGACGCCAGCUCUGACUCGAGCAAAGAUUCAGUGGCGUAUGCUGCCCUGUUGAGGAAUGAGCUGCUGGGGGCAGGGAUCGAGACCGUGCCGGACCCCCACACAGACGACCGGCGGCACGCGGUCCUCUCUCAAGACUCUCACAGCCUGUUUAGGUACACUGUCCACACGAAGAGAGUGCCUUUCGAUAGCGAUAAUGAAGUCUCGCCCUACUCCCUUUCUCCUCUUAGUAACAAAAGCCACAAGCUGCUUCGCUCUCCUCGCAAACCAGCCCGAAAAAUCUCCAAGAUCCCCUUCAAAGUGCUGGACGCUCCGGAGCUGCAGGACGACUUCUACCUCAACCUGGUAGACUGGUCAGCGGGCAACCUGCUCAGCGUCGGCCUCGGAGCCUGCGUCUACCUGUGGAGUGCCUGCACCAGCCAGGUGACCCGGUUAUGUGACCUGUCAGUGGACGGAGACUCUGUUACGUCAGUCUGUUGGAAUGAGAGGGGAAGUCUGGUUGCCGUGGGAACCCACAGGGGUUACGUUCAGAUCUGGGACGCAGCAGGAGGGAGGAAGCUGACUAGUCUGGAGGGACACUCCGCCAGAGUAGGUGCCCUGGCGUGGAAUGGGGAGCAGCUGUCGUCUGGAAGUCGAGACAGAGUGAUCCUCCAGCGGGACGUCAGAACGCCUCCCUCAGCUGAGCGAAGGCUGCAAGGUCACAGGCAAGAAGUGUGCGGUCUCAAAUGGUCUCCUGACCACCAGCACCUCGCUUCUGGAGGCAACGACAACAAGUUGCUGGUAUGGAACAGCUCCAGCCUCCUCCCGGUGCAGCAGUACAGCGACCACCUGGCAGCAGUGAAGGCCAUCGCCUGGUCUCCCCACCAACACGGGCUGCUGGCGUCAGGCGGCGGCACCGCUGACCGGUGCCUUCGUUUCUGGAACACGCUGACGGGUCAGGCCCUGCAGAGCACAGACACGGGCUCCCAGGUUUGCAACCUGGCCUGGUCCAAACAUGCCAACGAACUGGUGAGCACCCACGGCUACUCUCAGAACCAGAUCCUGGUGUGGAAGUACCCGUCACUAACACAGGUGGCCAAGCUCACAGGACACUCCUACAGAGUCCUGUAUCUGGCUGUGUCACCAGAUGGAGAGGCCAUCGUCACAGGAGCUGGAGAUGAGACGCUACGUUUCUGGAACGUCUUCAGUAAGACACGCUGCACCAAGGAAUCAAAGUCAGUGUUGAACCUCUUCACAAGAAUACGAUAGGGAACGGCCCGGGUCUGGGACUGUGUCAGGCUGGGCCGAACAUGACAUGCACACAAUCAACCAAACAGCACUCACGGACCCGACUGUAGACCCCUCUCCUCUCACCGCCACUGCAACAGCUCUCCUAAAAUCCCGCUCUUUUUCUACAAAGGAUGCAGCCCAAACUUCCAACAACGACUGCCAUCGCUCACAGUGACGUCACUAAUUUAAAAGAAAAAAAAAAAAGGAAAUACACUACCAGUCUAUGGUCACCACAAGUUGUCUGGUUAUAACAUUGGUCUUGUUCUCUUUUCUGUUGUGGAAGUGAUUAAGCUGUUUUAUUAUAUAUUAGCAGAAGUAUACACGUACAAGAGUUAUAAGCUAUAUCAUGGUAUGACAUUUUUAAAAGGUUCUCCUUUGAAGCCGAGAAGACGAGGCCUGGCUGGGGUAAGGCGACGGGGGGUUUCUAUAUUUUGAUAUUGUGUGAAUAAUGAUCUACAGAAGUAUGCAACAGAACAACAACAAUAAAUAAGUGAACAAACACACAGUUGCUCAAGCAGCUGCGACAAAG